CCACCCCAUCCCUUUCACGCGCAUUUAGGUAAGCUGUUCAGUCCCCCCCGCCCCCCGUUCAUGGACUCGCAAGGGCCGCUGGGAGGUGUAGUUCCCAGCUGGGGAAGACUGAGAUGGGCGGAGGCCGCCUUUGGGGGUGCCCACAAUUCAGUGCGACUUUUUUGCAAGACGAAGAGGAAGAUUUUGGGCACUCGGAGUUCCAGGGGAACCUGCAUCUUCGCCCUUUUCCUUGGAUGGAGGAGAGAUCUGGCUUUUGCAUGUCUGCAGGAAAGAGAUCCCCGGUGUCCUUUCAGGAAGUAGCCGUGUCCUUCACAGUGGAGGAAUGGGCUCUGCUGGAUCCCAACCAAAAAAAGCUCUACUGGGAGGUGAUGCAGGAAAACUAUGAGAUGGCGGCCUCUCUUGGGCCUGACAGUUCCCAGCAGGACUUGAGAGCACCAGAGUGGUCCACCCUGUCGUUCCUGGGUGUUGACACUGUGGCUGCUACUGAAGAGAGAGAAGAACAUUUGGAGAACUUGGAAUUCAUCAGGGAGGUUUGCUUGUCUCCAGAAACAGGAUCUCCACAGUCCUUUGAGGAGUCUGUCCUUGAGGAGACAGUCAUGUCUUCCAUGGCAGAGGAAUCGGCUCUGCUAGAUCCAGGCCAAAGAAAACUCUACCGGGAAGUUAUGGAGGCAAAUUAUGAGAGAAUGGCCUCUCUUGGUAAAAAACCCAUCAUGGCUGCACCAGCAAGAAGACAGAAAUAUGAAGCCAGCUUCAAACUUACAGUUGUAAAGUUUGCCAUGGAACAUAAUAACUGUGCUGCUGCAAGACAGUAUGGAGUAACAGAAAAGAUGGUUCGGGACUGGAAAGCAAAUGAGAAAACAUUACAGAGUAUGCCAAGGGCUUCGUUGGCACAGAAGGCUAAUCUGAUAUUGGAUGAAUCCUACAAGCAACCUCGUUUGCCAGUGCUUAACAUGCCUCUUGAUCCUGAUGUGGCAGAGCUGCUGCUCCUGAUCCUUGGGUUCGUCAGCCAUCUGAGGAGCCUCAUGGGGGCUGCCCUUGCUCUCCAUGGAACACUCCUGCAACACUUGGCUCACUUAGCUCACUUGGCUUCCUCUUCUCUGAGCAUGGAGCGCAGAAGACGACAAUGGCUAGCCCUUGCGGCUGUUCCCACGCGCCAUCGCUACUGGGUUUACCCACAUAGGAGCAGGGACUGGUGGUACAACUGUGUGUGGUCCUCCUGGGAUGAUGAUGAAUGGUUGAGAAACUUCAGGAUGACCAAGAAGACCUUCAGCAGGAUCACAGAGAGCCUUGCGCCCCACCUGCAGCACCAGGAAACAAACAUGCGGUCAGCCUUACCAGUAGAGAUGAGAGUCGGGAUGGCAAUCUGGUACUUGGCCAAUCAAAACAGUUUCCGUGACGUUAAGCAGCAAUUUGGUGUAGGCCUCACUACAGUUGCGGAUGCGGUCCACCAUUUCUGCCGUGCGGUGAGGGACACGCUUUUCAAGAAGGUGGUCCGGUUUGUGGAUCCUGUGGACCAGGUCAUGGCAGGAUUUGCUAACCUGGGCUUCCCACAAUGCAUUGGUGCCAUUGACGGAUGCCACAUCCAGAUUCAAAAUCGCUCAGAUGUCCCCGGGGAGCACCUCAACAGGAAAAAAUUCCACUCAGUUGUCCUGAUGGCAGUGUGCGACCACAAGGGACACUUUUUCGAGGUGGACAUAGGUCACCCAGAAAAGAGCCACGACGUACACAUCUUCCAUGGAUGCCAUUUCACACACGCCAUGGACAGGGGUGCUUUUUUCCCAGACAAUCCGACCCUGUCCAUGGAGGGAGUUGCUGUUUCACCUCUUGUACUCGCGGAUGGGGCGUUCCCGAUGCGAAGGUGGCUAGUUAAGCCCUAUGCUCCCGCGCACGAUGCCAGGGAGCGGCAUUUCAAUCAGAGACUCUCCAGUGCGAGGUGUGUGGUGGAGCAGGCUUUCAGGCGGCUGAAGGCCAGGUGGCGUUGCCUUCUGACACGGCUGCCGGUCAUGACAAGCAACGUCAACGCCAUCGUGGCGGCAUGUGUGGUGCUGCACAACAUCUGUGAAAGCGAGGGACAUGAUGCACCAGAAAGUGAGGGGCUAGCUGGUCUGCUGCUGACGCAGAUGGAAGAGCAGCAGCCGAUCGUUCUGGAACAGGAGGGUGGGGACCAGAACCUUAGUGAUGACACUCAUCUUGCAGAGGGAAUGGUAGUGCGAGAAGCUAUGGCCACCUACCUCUACAGGUCUCAUGAACAAGGGCAGUAGAUGUACAGGCUACAUCCUGCUGCUGCUUAAAAUUGCAAUUUUUAUUUCUUUCAAAUUUUCAUGGGUCUUGUGUUGUUUUGUUUGGCUCCUUUAUUAAUAAAAGGAUGUUUUCUGAAA